GACCGGAGAACCCAAUGCCCCACUGCGGGGCAUUGCGCAUGCGUGUUGCCGAACGGCGUUUGAACUGGGAGGCUUCCGUAGAAGGAGGCGGCGGGAAAGAUGGCGGCCGCGGUACUGGGACGAUUAGGUGCGUUAUGGACACAGACCCUGCGGAGCCGGGGGAAGCUGGCCUUGGGACUUCCUUCAUCUCACAGUGUUUUACCCGCCUCAUGCCUUCACACAAGUGCUGCUCUUGACAUGUCUGGAAAAUGGGAAAAGAAGAAUAAAAUUGUUUAUCCUCCCCAACUGCCCGGAGAACCUCGGAGACCAGCAGAAAUCUACCACUGUCGAAGACAGAUCAAAUAUAGCAAAGACAAGAUGUGGUAUUUGGCAAGAUUGAUACGAGGAAUGUCUAUUGAUCAAGCUUUGGCUCAGUUGGAAUUCAGUGACAAAAAGGGGGCCCAAAUAAUUAAAGAGGUUCUUUUAGAAGCACAAGAUAUGGCUGUGAGAGACCACAAUGUGGAAUUCAGAUCCAAUUUAUAUAUAGCUGAGUCUACCUCAGGGCGAGGCCAGUACCUGAAGCGCAUCCGUUACCAUGGCAGAGGUCGCUUCGGGAUCAUGGAGAAGGUUUAUUGCCAUUAUUUCGUGAAGUUGGUGGAAGGACCCCCACCCCCACCUGAGGCGCCAAAGACUGCAGUUGCCCGGGCCCAAGAGUACAUUGGGGAGCUCCGUAGCCGGACCAUCAUUCACGCCCUGUGAUGGGGUUCCAGACCCCACAGUGUAUGUAUUUUGCCCUUUAUUUUUAAAAAAUAAACAGAAAUUAAACACAAAUGGA